CUUGAAACUUUGAUGGGCUGAAAGGAUUUAGGCUUUCGUGGCUCGGGCUUCUAAUAUUUAUCUGGAUUUGGUGUCUUGAAUUUUCUUUCCAUGAUCUUUAACUUUUUUAAAUAUUGUCUGACUUUCUUCGUUGUUUUUGAUCUGUUUCGGUAUAACAGAGAGACUGAAAAGGAUAGACAUAAACAGGAAGUGCUGACUGUUACUUUCCAUAUAUCAACAUCCUUUAUGUUGCAUGAACACUUAAGAAUGGGUGCCAUGUCCAUGUCAGACACUUCAAUUUUUUAAACGAAUUUGUGUGAAACACCUUGGCCAUGCUGUGCCCUUCCCUUGUCUGUGUAGAAUAGUGUAAUGGCUAUGCAUUUGCAUGAAGUUUCAUAUUGUGCACGGGAUGUGUAGUGGCUAUGCAUUUUACGUUGCCAUUGAGGAAAUUGGCGUUUGGUUGGGAACAGGGCGGAUGAUUGUCAUGUUACUGAAAGUUCUGCUGAUAUCUAGCCAUUUCUUGCUUAGUCUUUUCACAUAGAUUUUAAUUCCCUUUCCCCUGAAUGUUUGCAAUUGGCAGGGUGCUGCCAAUCUAGAUGACACAGAAUGACAAGACUGCAAGCUAUGUAUAUUGAUUUUCGUUUUAAAGUCUAUUAGGAGGUUAUUAUGUUGUCUGAAUAAGUGCCUCUGCGGGUGGAUCUUUUAUUAUUUUAGUGUCGCCAAAGGGAAAAUUUUUCUAUUGUUUGGUUAUGUGAGCAUUGAAAUCUUUCAAUUGGAGGAGCCAUUGCAGCCAAUUUAUCAUUGUUGUGGUUGACUGUGUUGGAAUGAGCUUACAGUUCUCAAUAUUCUAGAAAAGUAUUUCCAAUUGAAUCAACCCUUCAUUGGAAUUAGAUCUUUGGUGGUACUAGGCUGAGUCUACUUUCCUUAAUGACAGUUUCCUGAAGGUGCAUCCUUUUUGGUGCAAAAUGCAUCUUUUAUAAGCCUGAUGUAUCCAGUCAUGAGUUAGUUGAGAAACGAAGAAAUGGAGGCAAAGUUAAGGAUAAUCUUUCAUUAGUCUCAUAAACCUUCUCUUGUCAGGAUUGGAGGAAAAAAAAUAAAAUGACAAGGUUGAACUUCUUCCAUUUCCUGUCUUUUCUUCUAACAUCUUCUAUUGACUCUUAGUAUACAAGCAUAGGAUCCGGUGCUCCAUAAUAACUUUAUUUAUUUAUUUUGGCAGCUCCAAACUAUGUCCAUGUUGUAUGGCUAUAGGAUUUCUUUGUAUGCUUUUGAGAGUAUACUUGUUAAUGUCAUCAUUGCUGAUUUGUUUGUCCUAUUGAGUACCAAAUGCUAUCACGUAGGCUUUACUCAAGGUAAAUUGCAAAGAUAACAAUAUACUGUCAAGGGAUCUGUAUCUGUUAAACCCAAAUAGGUCGAAACAUAAUCUCUCUCUAGAUAUGAAAUUUAUAAUAUGUGCAUCGUGGAGCUUCAUUGCAUUUCCUUGUGCAAUCCAAUCAUCUGGAUAUUAGGGAUGGGUAUUUUUGAAGAAUCGAAAUAUAUAUGAAUAUGACGAUUUUCUAACUACUGUUUACACUAUAAUUGUUUUAAAGAAGCAUACUUAACAUACCUGUCAUCAUGUCUGCUAUUUGAUUGUGUUGGGACCCAAACACUCCCUCCGAACCCAACUGUAGGAGUGGAGAAGGCCACCACCGAACAGCAUUUCACUAGAAGACAAAGAGGCUAGCGUGACACGCGGCAGAGUCUCCCAGAGUUAGUUACACUCAGAGCCUCCCAGAGUUAGUUACACUGCCGCCAGAAGAUAUUCUCUCCAUGAUUGCAUACAUGAGGUUAAGCCACCUUCGAAGGGGCUUCCGAGGUGAGCGGUAACUCAUCAGAUUGCUGCACUAAAAUGGGUUUCAGAUCUUUUGUAUGGACGGCUGUUUCUUAUCAACUAAAGGACAGACUUAAGUUGUCACCCUCGGCUUCGCAGUUUGUAUUUUCAGUUGCAUAUUUCCCAUGGAGUAUAAAACCAUUAUAUGGGAUAUUAUCAGACUGCAUCCCUAUAAGAGGAAGGAAACGACUCCCAUACUUGAUCAUUGCAACUGUACUCUCUGUAUUACCAUGGCUAAUUCUAGGGCUGAAAGCAUCUCUGGGAAGGUCAAUGGGACUUCUCAUGAUCUUCUUAACAACUCAAAACAUAGGCUCAGCCAUGGCAGAUGUUGUGAUUGAUGCAAUGAUCGCUGAGGCUGGACGGUUUGAGAGAGCAGCCUUUACUGGAGAUCUCCAGUCAAUGUCUUGGUUUUCAAUGGCCCUUGGAGGAAUAUGCGGGAAUUUGUUGGGAGGAUAUGCAUUAAAGAACUUACAGAUACCUACAAUUUUUCUCCUUUUCUCUGCAUUUCCAACCAUACAGCUCUUAUCAUGUGGUUUGGUUAAGGAGGAUUCUGUAGGCACCAAAAAUUUUCCAGGUCUUGCUAACCUAGAAAGAUCUCAUAAUGGUGGUAUUUCAGAUGCAGAUAUCUCCACAGUCAAGAAGCAUAGUUUCACCACUUCAAGGAGAAAAAAGAGCCAUAAAAGCAGAAAAAAAAGGACAAUUGUCACAAGUAGAUCUGAGAAUCUAGCUAAAGAUGGCUCCUCAGUUGCAUGGUGGUUUCAAUCUCUGAAAUCAGCGCUUUAUAGUUUGUGCAAGACGUUUGUGCAACCUGAUAUUUUGAGACCAAUGGCGUGGUUUUUCUUAGCCCAUAUUACCAUUCCAAACCUCUCAACAGUCAUGUUCUACUACCAGACUGAGUGCUUGCACUUGGAAGCAUCUUUUCUGGGGACUGCACGUGUUGUUGGAUGGCUAGGACUUAUGGUUGGAACAUUCACUUACAAUCACUACUUGAAAUGCAUGAAAUUGAGAAGAACUCUCAUGUUGGCUCAUGUUCUUCUGGCUACCUCAAAACUUUUUGAUGUUGUCUUGGUAUCUCGAUCAAAUCUUGCAUUUGGCAUAUCAGAUAAUCUUAUGGUGCUUGGCGGAUCUGCGCUUUCUGAUGCAAUAAAUCAACUGAAGUUGAUGCCGUUCCUGAUCCUUUCUGGAAAGUUAUGUCCACCGGGGAUUGAGGGGACCUUGUUUGCCCUCUUCAUGUCUAUAAACAAUCUUGGUACAACAUUAGGAUCGUUCUUAGGUGCUACUGUGGCCUCAGCACUGAACAUAUCAUCUGGCUCUUUCGACAACCUUCUACUGGGGAUCAUCAUCCAAGUUAUUGGCAUUUUCAUCCCAAUUGGCUUCUUGUUUUUGAUACCCAAGGAAACUACAGGGAUUUCAACUUAGAUAAGAAAAGUUGCUUGACUUUUUCUUCACUUUUGGAAAGUCACUGUCCCAUGUAUAGAAAAAGAGAGUUCUAGCAAUCUCUGCAUUGUUGUUCUCCAGAUGUCAGGGCACACACCACAUACAACAUACAGACAAUUGGGAUUAUCCUGCUCCCUGAUAAUUUCCCAUCUAUCAUCCAGCAAUAGCAUGGGUAAUUCUUUUAAAGGAUAGAUGAAUUUCUGGGACACAAGAAUCAGACUGGCAAGGAGCAGUUAAACCACCAACUAAAUACUUCAUUUGGGACAAUCUAUUGGCAACUAUUAGAAUCUGGGAGUCGUUCUAGUAAACAAUUUAUUAGACUUAAUAGAGCAUCUGAUUCAUAUUAAUAUCGUCUUUGACUUUUUACAGAAGUUAGCUUGCUUAUGCAGUCCAAGUGAAAGGGGUGAUAACCCUUGAAUCUUAUGGAGCAUAUAUAGCAUGUCCUCCUAAACGUCCAUGGACUUGCUGAAAUAGCCGGAUGGUCACCUUCUACUUUCUUUUGGGGAGUUGGCAUUUUUCCAUAUGUACACAUCUGAUACUGCCAACAUGCUCAUUUUUUGCUUAUUUUUAGAGUUUUGAGAAAUAUAUUUUACAUGGAGAAGAUUAGAACUCAAUGUUGUCCUCUAAUCCUUCAAGCUUUAUCUUUUUCUUUUUGUAUAUUUGCUUUCUUAAUGGCCACCGGGAGGAAAAGUUGAUUGCA